ACAAUCCUGAUGGUCAUGAUUACACCUCGGAUUUCAUUGAUGGCGUGAAAUAACCAACGAAUGGAAAAGAAAAAAAAUAAUGUGAAUAAUGAAAUUCAAGUAAAGAACUUGUAGAUUGGAUCAAUAGUCCGUUUUUUGAUUCGUUAUGUAUAAACGAGCUUUCUAUGUUAUACUAUUCAAUUCUCGACGAUGAAUCGAUUUCAUAGGUCAGAUAUUGUUAUUCAUGAUAUUGAUCUGAUUCGAUAUCAUCGAGAUGGAAUUCAUCCCAUGAAUUUCGAGGCAAAGGGUUUAGCAUCUCUAUGGGAUUAAAUCCCGAGUUAUUGCGAAGUAAAGAAAAACAAAACGAUGAGAUUAUGGAAGUAAAUAUUCUCGCAUUUAUUGCUACUGCACUCUUCAUUCUAGUUCCUACUGCUUUUUUACUUAUAAUUUAUGUAAAAACUGUUAGUCAAAGUGAUUAAUUUGAAUGAAACUUGACUUCUUAGUUCUCAUCAAUAUGAACGAUUAAAGAAAAACUGGAAAAAAAAAAUUCCAAUUGCGGAGUUGCAAGCAUAUGAAGCAGCUACUGAGAUUGCCAAGGGUUUUGGGUUUUAUUUGGUGAGGGCAUCAAACAAAAAAAAUAAGAAUGAAGGUACUUGGCGACAUUACUUACAUUGCACUCAUGGUAGGAAGAAGAAGUCGACGGAACCUGAUCCGAGUAAGGAAAGGAGGCCUCUUACAUCUACUGAAAAGUUGGGGUGCGAGUUUCAGAUCAAGCUUGAGCGGUCAGGUGAUGGAUAAUGGUUGAUCCUAGGGGUGGCAAAUACAAAGAAUCCUGGUGCUAAUUUGGGUUUCCACAAUCAUCAGUUGGAGCUAUUUCCGGAAGGAUCAAAGGGAAGGAAUGUUCUGACUACAGAGGAUAAGCAAUACAUCAGAGAGCUGAGAUCAGCCGGUGUCCCACCAAGGAAUAUCCACAAGGCAGUGAAUGAGAGAAAAGGUGCAAAUGGAACACACAACAGAAAGCAGAUUUAUAACGAGUUGCAAAAGAUAAGGAAAGAAGAGCUUGGUCAGAUGACAGCCUUACAGUAUACUUUCCGCGUGGCGCAGGAGAAGGGUUACUAUGUGCAGUAUAUGGACGAUCGUAACGUGCUUACACACUUGUUCCUAGCCCACCCUGAGUCAAUAGAUUGGUCAAUCGCCCUUUGGCCGCGGUCAGCCGUCGGUUCAACCGCGCGUUGACCGUCGGUCAAACCGCGAUUGGACUGCGGUUGGCUUUUUUUUUUUUUUUUACCUUCUUCUCCGGCGACUGUGGAACGAGAUGGGCGGCGACGAUGGGCGACGGCGACUGGCGGGCGAUGGCGACGGAACGCGACGGCGGCGACUGUGGAGCGCGACUGUGGAGCGGGAUGGCGACGGCGACGCGAUGGGCGGCGGCGACUGUGGAGCGGGACGGCGACGGGACUGGCGGGCAGGAGUGGGCGGCGACGGGAGUGGCGGGCGGCGGCGACUGGCGGGCGAGAUCGGCGGCGGCGACGGGACUGGCGAGAGGAGUCCGGCCGGUGAGGGAGGUCGCGGGUGGUGAGAGCAGUUUUUUUUUUUUUUUUUACUGUAGUGGUGAGAGGAGUUGGGGGGAGUAGAAUUUGAAAAUUGGUAAGGGUUUGUUUGUUUAAGUCAAUUGGGAGUUUUUGUUUAAGGGUAUAUAAGUAAUUGUACAUUCAAGUUAGGGCGAUGUUUAGCAAUUCUUAGGGCGACAUUUAGCGAUUCAGUAAAAAAAAGGUUCUUGUUUGGUCACUACAAACAUUUAAUUUCAUUCGUUGUCACUAAGAUUAGUUCAGUAGUUUAAGUUUGAUCACUCUCCGUUAACUUUUGUUGAUGUGACAGUCAACCUUCAUAGUUGACCGUUAAAUGAGUGACGUGGCUAUUAAAAAAUAAUAAAAAUAAUAACAUUUAAUCUACAAUAAUUUCCACCUCAUUAAAAAAUAAAUUGAAAACCUAAUUUCUACUAAUUGGCGUUCCUUUCUCUUCUCCCCUUUCUUUUCAUCAACUCGACAACCACUCCUCCCACCAUCAAACCCCAACAGCAAUACGACGACGGAAUCAACCCUAUCGCCGCCGACCGGCCCACUUUCCCUCUCCCUGAAGGAGGCCUAACGGAGCUCCCUUUCGUCCCCCUAAUCCCCGUCUCCCAAAUUUCCCUUCCUUUCAACGACCCGCUCUCCCUCAAUUGUCACUACCACCGGAGGUAAUCCCAACAUCGGCGGCGGAGAGAGUGCCCCUGCCACCGCUGAAGGAGGAAAUAAAAAUAACAACAAUAAUAAUGACAACAGUAUUGCCGUCGGCGGGAGAGUGGCAGCGGGACAGGGGUUCCCAUAUUAGAGAAUGUCAUCGUACAUCCCAAAGUUCCCACCUUUCCCUUUCAUUCCAACCACGCCUACCAUGCCUUCUAUUCCCCUGCCUUGCCUCCAUCCCGAUUCCGGCGGAUUGCCCACAUGCGGUUCCCAUAAGGGCCAGUUGCAAACUGGCGGCAACCACUCACAACUAGGGGAAGAAGAGAAAGGGGCACUAAUUAGUAAAAAUUAGGUUUUUAA